GAUGGCGGCGUCCACGGGAGUCUGAGGGCUCUGGGAAGUGGAGCGAGGUUUCCGUACAGAGCGCGCGACUUGCGGGUCCUUUGGCUCUGUGUUUCCUGCUCUCAGGUUUCGCAGCGCUUGUCCUCCCAGGCGCUCGGGCGCGAUGUGGAGGAGCGGCCUCUGCCUGCGGGACGGGUGGCGCCAUCUCCUGAACCGACCCUCAGGUGGUCCCGUGGUCUCCGUGCAGACGGGGACUGACUGCCCGUCCCUCUUCCGGGCCUACGUCCCCCCGGCAGAAAGGAAGAGGUUUUAUCAGAAUGUCAGCAUCACGCAGGGUGAAGGUGGCUUUGAGAUCAACCUGGACCACAGGAAGCUGAAAACUCCCCAAGCCAAGCUCUUCACCGUCCCCAGCGAGGCCCUGGCUAUCGCAGUAGCCACGGAAUGGGACUCCCAGCAGGACACCAUCAAGUUCUACACCAUGCACCUGACCACUUUGUGCAACACGUCCUUAGACAACCCAACACAGCGAAACAAGGACCAGCUGAUCCGGGCAGCCGUGAAGUUUCUGGACACCGACACCAUCUGCUACAGGGUGGAAGAGCCAGAGACACUCGUGGAACUUCAGAAGAACGAGUGGGACCCCAUCCUGGAGUGGGCUGAGAGGAGGGAUCGAGUUUGUGGUGGCCCAACUCAAGUCCAUGCUGCUGACCCUGGGCCUGCUGGACCUGCGCCUGACGGUGGAGCAGGCCGUGCUGCUGUCGCGCCUGGAGGAGGAGUACCAGAUCCAGAAGUGGGGCAAUGUGGAAUGGGCCCACGACUACGAGCUGCAGGAGCUCCGGGCGCGCACAGCCGCGGGCACCCUCUUCGUGCACCUCUGCUCCGAGAGCACCGGGGUCAAGCACAAGCUCCCGCAGGAGUGAGGCCGGCGGGGCGCCGGCAGGGCGCCUACAGGGCGGAGGCUCCCCCAGAGCCCCUCAGUCCAGCCUGAGCCCCUGAAGGAGUGAGGCCAGCGGGGCGCCUGCAGGGUGGAGGCUCCCCCAGCCUGCGCACACCAUGGCUUGGCCUCCACUUGGCAUCUCCGAGAUGCCCAAGACGGUAGCAGUGCGGGAUCUGGUGGUCGCUGGAGUCUGCCCUGGGUGCCCUGCCCUGACCAGCAUGGGGGAGGGGACAAGGUGGACCAGUGGUUUUCUCAGCCCUAUUGUAUUAAACAUUUUUCC